ACAUAUUGAGCAUUCUCUAUGUAAUAAGGCCAUAACUCUUCAACUAACUGGUCUCUUUACUUCCUCUCUCUCUCUCUCUCACUCUCUGGUCUCUACGGACUCUUGUCUUGUCCGAAAUCUAGAUUUUCUCUAAGGGUACAAAUGAGUUAUCUGGGGAUCGGAAUCAGUCCCGGAAACGUGGCCAGCUACCACGGAGGCAAGAUGAAGUUGAUCGACCAGAGGCUUAGGCUCACGGAGGUUCUCUUACGCUGCUCCGUGAGUGUCUUCGCUCUCCUCGCACUUAUUCUGAUGGUUACAGAUACUCAGGUCAAGCGAAUCUUCGUAGUUGAGAAGAGGGCCAAGUACACCGACAUGAAGUCGCUUGUAUUCUUGGUGGUCGCGAAUGGGAUAGCUGCAGCUUAUUCAUCGUUGCAGUCAGUUCGAUGCGUGGCAGGUUCGAUGAAAGGAAGUGUUUUGUUCAGCAAGCCACUUGCUUGGGCCAUUUUCUCCGUUGAUCAGGCUAUGGCUUACAUGAGUGUUGCGGCUAUAGCAGCAGCAUCAGAGUCUGGUGUGAUUGGAAUAAGAGGUGAGGAGAAGCUGCAAUGGAUGAAAGUGUGUAAUAUGUAUUCCAAGUUCUGCUACCAAGGAGCUGGAGUGGUUGCCAGCGCCUCUAUUGCCUCCAUUGCUAUGGUGUUCGUCUCUUGCAUUUCCGCUUUUAGUCUCUUUCGCUUGUACGGUGCAACUCAAAGACGGCUAAACCUCGCCGUGAUGAAGUGAAAACGUACGCACCUUCUUUUAGUAUUCAUGAAAUGUUGUUAAGAAACAUAAAAAAGUGAAAUCUUCCUUGUGUUAAAAUACGAUAAUCUUCUCUCAUUCUGUGUAACAAACUAUAUGUAAAAUUGGACCUAGUGUUUUAUCUGUAUCAAUGUGUUAUCUACUGUGAUUGAACGAAAUACGAACAAAACA